AGGCCUUCCUUUUACGCUCCCUCUCUCUCUCUCUCGCUCUCUCUCUCUCUCUCUACGCUAUAAAUUAUUAGUAAAGUCUCCCCUCGCCACUUCCUCUUCCCUCCGUUAACCUCCCAAAACCCUCAAAACCUUCGCCGCCUCCUCCACCACCACCGGCGGUGGUGCUUUUCCUAUAAUUCAAAAAACCUCUCAAACAAAUGGCGGCCACUGCUGCCUCAGAAGCGACAGACGGACCCGUCCUUAGCUUUAUCAACAAGCGCCUCCGUGCUCUCCGCAAGAAGUACAACCGAAUUCUCCAGAUGGAAGAGGCCAUCUCCCAAGGCAAGCCUAUCAAUAAAGAACAAGAAGACGUUCUUCGUUCUAAGCCAUCCGUUUGCGCCGCUAUUGAAGAGCUCGAGAAGCUUCGCCAGCCUCUCGCUACCGCGGUCUCUGAAGAAAUCGCUCUCGCCAUCCAACGUCACCAGCAACAAUCGUUCGUCUCCAAUAAUGCUAUUCCGGAUAAGGAUGAUAGCGAGAAAACCGAUUGCGACUCUGAUGAAGAUACUCGCGGUGACGGUGGUUCUAUGGUGGAGGAUCUGUUGAAUUUAUUGUAUUUCGGUUCGUUGUUCGACGUGAAGUCACAGAAUGACUUCACUGCCACGAUGUUGACUCGUACGCACGAGAGAGGUUGCUGCUUGACUUAUGAUUAUGUAACUGAUGAUGCUACGGAUCUGCUUGGGGAAAGGGAUUUGGACAUGAUUUCGAAGCUUGGCGGGUUGUUGAUUUCGCGCCCUGUUGAUUCCAACUUAUCUCAUAGGAAUGCGUUGCAACGGUGCAUCGAGCGUGCCAAGUUGUGGCUUGCUAAUUCCGACCAGCCAAUUGAGCCCAAUGCUAACGCUUCUUAUGCGGAACUGAGGGAGAGGCUGAACAAGAUUAUGGCUUCUGAUUACUUCACCACCACACCGGAGAUGAAAGCUCCAGUGGAAGUAGCUGCGGCUGCUGGAAACUAUGCGUCUUUCCAGGUUCCUGUUCAUAGAAUUCCUUCAGUGUCAGUCCAGGCGGAAGUCUCAGCUGAACAAUACCAGCCGAAGGAUGAGGACACGGGAAAUUUGUUAGGACACGAAGCUGAUGAUGAUCAAUCCAGCCCUGCAGAGGAACUUGAUAAGGAAGAACUCGAGACUGAAAUUCCUCUAGAAGUGGUCUCUAGUGAACAGGAACCAGCUAGAUCAUCUGAAGUCGAGUAUAAUCAAAACGAGGUAGAUCCGAAGGAGCAACAGUACGCCCCUCGUAGGAACUAUCAAAACCAAAGAGGUGGUCGCGGCGGCAGUGGAGGUGGUGGCAGGAGGGGAUAUUCAAAUGGUCGGGGUGGUCGAAGCAGCGGCAGAGGAGGUGGUGGUGGGUACCAAAAUGGUCGCAGCCAAUAUUAUGACCAGUCGGGAAACUAUUAUCCAAGAAAUUACUAUAACAAUCGGGGAAGGGGUGGCAGGGGCGGAGGGCACCCUUAUAACAAUCAUGGUUCAGGAGUUCAUGGUGGUCAUGCCCCAGCGGACGUUGGGGUCCCUUCAUGACCUUCAUGACAUCAUUACUCACUGGGGGCGUGGGGGGCGUCUGUUAGGUGUCUGUGUUGCUAGUUUUGUAGGUGGGUGGUCAAAAAUUUUAUUUUUGGUUGUUUUGCAUGAAAAACUUGUUAUGAAUGUGGGUUACUGUUGAUGCAUGCACCAUACGAAGACACCCUCGUUUUGUAGUUCAGCUAAUUUAAGUAUUUUCGUCGAAACUUUUUGGGGGAAUUUCUUUUUUUUGGCUUAGCUCUAACGCUUUGAUUAUUGACUGCAAAAAUUGGGCCACAGCUUGCGGCAGUGAUGCUAACUCUGGUUCAGUUGCGUAUUAAAAAAAUCAUUUGAUCAAUGGACUCUGCCUUCCAGCUGGGAUGCUGGUUGAGUAAUUGUUAUUCACUGCA